AUGACAACACCCCUGUCUCAACCCUUACGGCGGCGUCUUCCUCUCUUACGGCAGGCCAUCAAGAUAAGACGCCACAAGGCCAAAGGCCUUCUGCAGGAAAUCCUUCCUCAAACUGACCGAGAGAUGGAAACCCCAUCUCAUCACUUCUCCCCAGAGGAGCAGGCCCUGCUCUAUGAGGAAGCUCUCUAUACGGUCUUGCACCGGGUGGGCCGACCUGAGCCUAAACAUGUAGCAGAAGCUGCUGAGCUACUGAGCUACCUACAGGAGGCCUUUCACAUGAAGCCUGAGAUACAUCAACAGCUCCUCCAGAAAGUUCAAGACCUUGAGAAGCCCUUGUUUUGCCUGAAGGUGACCGUAAAGCAGGCCAAAGGCAUUCUUGGAAAGGACGUCAGUGGGUACAGUGACCCCUAUUGCCUGUUGGGCAUCAUCGAGCAGGGGGUGGCCAUGACAGAGGACAGCUCAGGGCUGCAUCGACGGCGGCAGAAGGCUGUAGUGAAGAACACAAUCCCGGAGGACCAGACCCACCGGACUCAGGUCAUCAGCCAGACUCUCAGCCCUGUGUGGGAUGAAACAUUCUUCCUGGAAUUUGAGGAUAUAACCAGUGCCAAUUUCCAUUUGGACAUGUGGGAUGCCGACCAAGUGGAGUCUGUGCGGCAGAAGCUGGGGGAGCUGACGGAUUUGCACGGCCUUCGGAGGAUCUUUAAGGAGGCACGGAAGGACAAGGGACAGGAUGACUUCUUGGGGAAUGUGGUCCUGAAGCUGCAGGACCUGCGGUGCCGGGAGGAUCAGUGGUACCCACUGGAACCACGGACAGAGACAUAUCCAGACCGAGGGCAGUGCCACCUGCAAUUUCUGCUCAUUCAUAAGCGAAGAGCCACCACCGCCAGCCGUACCCAUCCCAGCUACACUGUGCAUCGCCACCUCCUGCAGCAGCUGGUCUCUCACGAGGUCACCCAGCACCAGGCGGGCAGCACUUCGUGGGAUGGAGAGCUGAGCGCCCAGGCCUCCACCAUCCUCUUCCUCCACGCCACGCAGAAGGACCUCUCAGAAUUUCACCAGUCUAUGGCGCAGUGGCUGGCUUAUAGCCGACUCUACCAGAGUCUGGAGUUCCCGGGGAGCUGCUUACUACACCCCAUCACUGCCAUCGAGUACCAGUGGAUACAGGGGAGACUGAACCCAGAGCAGAGGGAAGAACUGGCUGCCUCUUUCAACUCCCUACUGACUUACGGACUCUCCUUGAUCCGAAGAUUCCGGUCUAUAUUUCCCCUCUCGGCCUCCGGCUCCCCAGCUCGUCUGCAGUCCCUCCUCAGGGUCCUGAUACAGAUGUGUAAGAUGAAGGCAUUUGGGGAGCUGUGCCCCGAUGGGGCACCUUUGUCUUCUCUGGUGGCUGAGGUGCUACGGACAGGUACCCUCGAGUGGUUCCACCUGAAGCAGCAGCACCAUCAGCCCAUGGUCCAGGACAUGCAAGAAAUGGGUAAGGCCGUACUGAGCCUGGUUCUAGAUGUCACUGGGGAUCUGCAGCAGUGCCAGAGAACCUGGAACAAAAUCUUCAGCAAUACACUGAAGAUUGAUCUUUUCUCUAUGGCCUUCUUGGAGCUGCAGAAGCUUGUGGCCCAGCGGGUAGAGGAGCACCUGGCGGCGGUGGGUAGCGUCGUGUCCCCAGAGAUGGGGGAGAGCUUAUUCCAGCUUUAUCUUAGCCUCAAGGAGCUCUAUCAGCUGGUCCCUCCUCCUCCCGAGAGGGACAGGAGCCUGGAUCUAGAUGGCUUCCACAAAUGGUUCCUCCCAGCCAUCCCUGCCUGGUUGCUGAAGACCUAUAGCGUGGCUCUGGCUCGGCUACAGCGGGCAGUGCAGAUGGACCAGCUGGUCCCUCUAGGUGAGCUGAUCAAACACAGCACAUCGGCUGUGGAUCUGUCCACAUGCUUUGCCCAGAUUAGCCACACCGCCAGACAGCUGGCUUGGCCCGACCCUGAGGUUGCCUUCAUGAUCACGGUCAAGUUUGUUGAGGAUACCUGCAAGCUGGCUCUGGUGUACUGUAGCCUAAUCAAGGCUCGAGCCAAGGAACUCUCUGUCAACCAGGACCAGGCACAGGCAGCUAAUAUGCUGUGCGUGGUGGUGAAUGACAUGGAGCAGCUUCGGCUAGUGGUCCUGCGGCUCCCGACCCAACUGGCAUGGCAGGACCUAGAACAGUGGGCAGGGGCCGUCUUAGAGCCGGAACAGCUGCAGCACACACUACACGCCCAGCUACAGGGUGCCCUGGCUGGUCUGGACCACGAGAUCCGAAGUGGUGUUCGGACCCUGGCUGAGCAGCUGGAGGCUGGCAUUUCUAGACACAUCCAGAGGAUUGUGAGUGAAUCUGCUGUUCCUGAAGAUGCUAUCCUACCUCUGAUGAGGUUCUUAGAGUCAGAGCUUCAUUAUAUGAACAGGAAUUUGGUGCAGGAAAAUUUUAACAGGUUAAAUGUUGUCAGUCCUGGGAGGGGGUCUUCGGAGCCUUUCACGGGCUCCAAUGGGUCAAUAUCCUUCCUAAAAUGGGCCUUUCCCUGCCACCGCCUGCAGCUGUCCAGGCAGAGAACCACGGAAUCCGCUAAGCCCCUAGAGCGGCCCAUCUUCCCUACCCCGAGACUCCUUCUCUCCCCUGCUGAUGCCACUCACAACUCCUUCCUCCCCAAGGUGGACACCACUUCAGAGGAGUUUGGGGCCAUCACCAUCAAGGCCUCCUACCGACUCUCCGAACAGAAACUCCGUGUCGAGGUGCUCAGCGCUUCCAACCUGCUCCCCCUGGACUCCAAUGGCACAAGCGAUCCCUUUGUCCAGCUGACCCUGGAGCCACGACACGAGUUUACAGAGGUUGCCCCCCGGGAGACGCAGAAGUUCAAAAAGGAAUUGCACCCCCUGUUUGAUGAAGCCUUUGAGUUCCUGGUGUCUCCAGAAUCAUGCCAGAAGGAAGGGAAUUGCCUCUUGCUCACCGUGCUGGACCAUGACACGCUCGGGACUGACGACUUGGAGGGAGAGGCCUUCCUUCCACUCAGCACCGUCCUCAAGCUCUCUGGGGACAGCAGCCCUGGCCAGGUGCCUCAGACGCGCUUGCCACUCACCUACCCUGCCUCUAAUGGGGACCCCAUCCUGCAGCUGCUGGACAUCAGGAAGAGUGAUCGGGAAGCUCAGGCUUUUGUUAAACUCCGAAGGCAGCGUGCCAAACAGGCCGAGCGUUUGGGGCAGUAGCGUUGGACGGGACCUGAGUGGGUCCAAGGGCUGAGUUAGGUCUGGGAUCUUCCCUUCAUCUCCCACCCAAACAGAUACUCCUAACCUGUCCAGCCCAGCACCCUAUAGCUCCUGAGUGGUUAGAGGCUGACGCUGACCUUUUAAGGGUUCAAAAUGGCACAAUCCUGAAGUCCACGCUGGGAAGGACUGCAAGGGGUAUAUAUGCGUAGAAUGAACAACCCUCUGGGGGGGGACCUUGGUCCAACCAUCAUGCCCCCUCCCCAUCCUGGUUUGUUCCUCUAGAGUCUCUAUGGGGAAUGGGUAACAAUAGCUCAGACAUCCUUCAAAACCAGGGAAACACUCUGGGGUGGAAACCAGGAGGGGAAAGACAAGAGUUAUACUAGAUGCUGCCUCCUUCCUCCUCACAGAAAAAAAUUCUUCUAGUUGAACUUAAAUCUGAGUUAUGGGAUAUCUAGAAGCUAGGAGAGACCUCAGGGACCAUCUAAUCCAACUCUUUCAUUUGAUAGAGAAGGAAAUGGAGGUCAAGAAAAAGAGGUGAUUUGUUCAUAGUAAAUGGCAGAGGCAAAGUGAAAAUUCCACUGAGUCCAAGGUGUGAAAUUCCUCCCAAUUGCUCAGGCCCUGAUGUAUGGGAGACAGAUUCCUUAUUGGUCUCGGAUCCCCUGGACCUUUGCUUCCUGGGCCCAGUGGAUUUGGAAAGGAGUUUGACCGUUGGGGGGAGUAGAAUGCUGCUUUGAUGACACCACUGGGACUAACCCCAGGCAACAGAACAGGGAGAAGACAGCUGGAACCAGAGCCUUGUUUUGGGGCUCAGCGAGUGGCCAGGACUCUGGUGGGGAUGAGCUUCGGGGGGAGUACUAGCCUUCUGAGUUCCUAAACCCUAGAGCUGGAAUCAGAAGAGUUAACAGGAACUCAGGGAGCUGACUGGGAGUGGGAGCUCUGCUUAGGGAUCCAGGCCUCCUUUUCUAUGCCAGCAUUGUUUUC